CCGCGCGGGGGCGGCCAGUGCGGGCGGGGCGGGGGGCGCGGCCCGCAGCCAUUGGCCGGGGCGGGCGGCCGGGCGGGGCAGGGCGGCGCGGGCGAGUCCCCCGCGGCGCCGCGGGCCCGCAGUCGCCGCAGCCAUCCGCGCAGCCGGUGCUGGAGCGCAGAGCGCGCGCCAUGAGGGAGAUUGUGCACAUCCAGGCGGGCCAGUGCGGGAACCAGAUCGGCACCAAGUUCUGGGAAGUGAUCAGUGAUGAGCACGGCAUCGGCCCGGCCGGAGGCUACGUGGGCGACUCGGCGCUGCAGCUGGAGAGAAUCAACGUCUACUACAACGAGUCGUCGUCUCAGAAAUAUGUGCCCCGAGCUGCCCUGGUGGACUUGGAGCCAGGCACCAUGGACAGUGUGCGGUCUGGGCCUUUUGGCCAGCUCUUCCGGCCUGACAACUUCAUCUUUGGCCAAACAGGUGCAGGGAACAACUGGGCCAAGGGCCACUACACGGAGGGCGCGGAGCUGGUGGAGGCCGUGCUGGACGUGGUGAGGAAGGAGGCCGAGCACUGCGAUUGCCUGCAGGGCUUCCAGCUGACGCACUCGCUGGGCGGCGGCACGGGCUCGGGCAUGGGCACGCUGCUCAUCAGCAAGAUCCGCGAGGAGUUCCCCGACCGCAUCAUGAACACCUUCAGCGUGGUGCCCUCGCCCAAGGUGUCGGACACGGUGGUGGAGCCCUACAACGCCACCCUGUCCAUCCACCAGCUGGUGGAGAACACGGACGAGACCUACUGCAUCGACAACGAGGCGCUCUACGACAUCUGCUUCCGCACGCUCAAGCUGGCCACGCCCACCUACGGGGACCUCAACCACCUGGUGUCGGCCACCAUGAGCGGGGUCACCACCUCCCUGCGCUUCCCGGGCCAGCUCAACGCCGACCUGCGCAAGCUGGCGGUGAACAUGGUGCCCUUCCCGCGCCUGCACUUCUUCAUGCCGGGCUUUGCGCCGCUCACAGCCCGGGGCAGCCAGCAGUACCGCGCGCUCACAGUGCCUGAGCUCACCCAGCAGAUGUUCGACGCCAAGAACAUGAUGGCUGCCUGCGACCCGCGCCACGGCCGCUACCUGACGGUGGCCACCGUCUUCCGAGGACCCAUGUCCAUGAAGGAGGUGGACGAGCAGAUGCUGGCCAUUCAGAGUAAGAACAGCAGCUACUUCGUGGAGUGGAUCCCCAACAACGUCAAGGUGGCCGUGUGUGACAUCCCGCCCCGCGGCCUCAAGAUGUCCUCCACCUUCAUCGGCAACAGCACGGCCAUCCAGGAGCUGUUCAAGCGCAUCUCGGAGCAGUUCUCCGCCAUGUUCCGCCGCAAGGCCUUCCUGCACUGGUUCACGGGCGAGGGCAUGGACGAGAUGGAGUUCACCGAGGCCGAGAGCAACAUGAACGACCUGGUGUCCGAGUACCAGCAGUACCAGGACGCCACUGCCAACGACGGGGAAGAAGCUUUCGAGGACGACGAAGAGGAGCUGGAUGAAUAGAGCAGCAUCCCUGGCUCAGACGCGGAAAUGCACGGGUUGUCUCCUGCGGCCUGAGUGGGCACUGGGCUGAACCCAUGGGUCCAGGCCCUCACUAACACAACAAAGUGGGGCUAACAGUCAUCUGGAACAAAGAAAAUAAAAUAGGAGUUCCACCCUAUCAGAAGCGCAGACUACACAGAUUUGCUACUAGAGGACUUGAGAGAAGGCUGAAGAAUCACUGGUGCCCUCCAUGUCUGAGCAUUAGCGGGAUGUUCACCCCUACACCACACCUGCAGCGCUGCCAUGCCCUGAGUGUGCAGCAUGGAACUCUGAGAUAACAAUUCAUAAUAAAAUACUAAACCCA